GCAGUUCCGCAAUCCCGGCCGCACGGGAAGUCGCGCAGGCGCAGUCGCGGCCCCGGGCUGCCGCGCCAGCCCGUCUCUGCGGCGGGGGACCGCGCUGCCUUGGCCUCUUAGCGCUCCCGUCUUUUCCGGCAGUUGGAGCGCUUCCUGUUGUCCUCGCCCGUAACCGCCUGUGGCCCCCUGUCUCCGAGUCCCUCACGCGUCCCCUCCCGUCUUUGGCUCGUUGGCUGCCGCCGCCGGGGCUUCGCCAGCCUUCACGUCGAGACCACUGGCCGAAGGGGCGUCUGCGGCUCUCCGCCGUCCCCAGCCCUGCCUCUCCCGGGGCUCUGCCAUGGCAAUGACAGGCUCAACACCUUGCUCAUCCAUGAGUAACCACACAAAGGAAAGGGUGACAAUGACCAAAGUGACACUGGAGAAUUUUUAUAGCAACCUUAUCGCUCAACAUGAAGAACGAGAAAUGAGACAAAAGAAGUUAGAAAAGGUGAUGGAAGAAGAAGGCCUAAAAGAUGAGGAGAAACGACUCCGGAGAUCAGCACAUGCUCGGAAGGAAACAGAGUUUCUUCGUUUGAAGAGAACAAGACUUGGAUUGGAAGAUUUUGAGUCCUUAAAAGUAAUAGGCAGAGGAGCAUUUGGUGAGGUACGGCUUGUUCAGAAGAAAGAUACAGGGCAUGUGUAUGCAAUGAAAAUACUCCGUAAAGCAGAUAUGCUUGAAAAAGAGCAGGUUGGCCACAUUCGUGCGGAGCGUGACAUUCUAGUGGAGGCAGACAGUUUGUGGGUUGUGAAAAUGUUCUAUAGUUUUCAGGAUAAGCUAAACCUCUACCUAAUCAUGGAGUUCCUGCCUGGAGGGGACAUGAUGACCUUGUUGAUGAAAAAAGACACUCUGACAGAAGAGGAGACUCAGUUUUAUAUAGCAGAAACAGUAUUAGCCAUAGACUCUAUUCACCAACUUGGAUUCAUCCACAGAGACAUCAAACCAGACAACCUUCUUUUGGAUAGCAAGGGCCAUGUGAAACUUUCUGACUUUGGUCUUUGCACAGGACUGAAAAAAGCACAUAGGACAGAAUUUUAUAGGAAUCUGAACCACAGCCUCCCCAGUGAUUUCACUUUCCAGAACAUGAAUUCCAAAAGGAAAGCAGAAACCUGGAAAAGAAAUAGACGUCAGCUAGCCUUCUCCACAGUAGGCACUCCUGACUACAUUGCUCCUGAGGUGUUCAUGCAGACCGGGUACAACAAGCUCUGUGAUUGGUGGUCGCUUGGGGUGAUCAUGUAUGAGAUGCUCAUCGGCUACCCACCUUUCUGUUCUGAGACCCCUCAAGAGACAUAUAAGAAGGUGAUGAACUGGAAAGAAACUCUGACUUUUCCUCCAGAAGUUCCCAUCUCUGAGAAAGCCAAGGAUCUAAUUUUGAGAUUCUGCUGUGAAUGGGAACAUAGAAUUGGAGCUCCUGGAGUUGAGGAAAUAAAAAGUAACUCUUUUUUUGAAGGCGUUGACUGGGAACAUAUCAGAGAGAGACCUGCUGCAAUAUCUAUUGAAAUCAAAAGCAUUGAUGAUACCUCAAACUUCGAUGAGUUUCCAGAAUCUGAUAUUCUUAAGCCAACAGUGGCCACAAGUAAUCACCCUGAGACUGACUACAAGAACAAAGACUGGGUCUUCAUCAAUUACACAUACAAGCGCUUUGAGGGCCUGACUGCAAGGGGGGCAAUACCUUCCUACAUGAAAGCAGCAAAAUAGUACUCUUGCCACGGAAUCCUACGUGGAGCAGAGUUCUUUGUAUAACAUCAUGCUUUUCCUCUCACACUCUUGAAGAGCUUCCAAGAAGUUGAUGGAACCCACCAAUAUGUCAUAGUAAAGUCUCCUGAAAUGUGAUAGUAAGAGGAUUUUCUUCCAUAAUGCAUUUGAAAAACUGUAAACAAAGACAACCAUUUCUACUACAUCAGCCAUAAACAGCUAUCCUGCUUUGGAAGAGAAGCAUCAUGAGCCAAUUUGAUAGGUGUUUUAAAAAUAACUUGAGUUUUCCUAAGUUCAUCAGAAUGAAGGGGAAAAACAGCCAUCAUCCAUUAUUGAGAUUGUCAUGUAUAGUCAUCGAAUAUCAGCCAAUUCCUGUGAUUUUGUGACACGCUCUCUGCCAAGCCCACCAAGUAUUUCCUUUAUAGCUAAAAGUUCCAUAGUACUAAGGAAAUAAAGCAAUAAAGACAGUCUCAGCAGCCAGGAUUCUGGCUGAAGGAAAUGAUCCGCCACCCUGAGGGUGGUGAUGGUAGUUUCUACCCAUACCUCAGCCUCAGGCGAGUGGCUUAUAGCCUCCAUUCAUGGUGCACUUUAUUUAUGGUACUAAGAUAAAGACUGUCAAUCCAUUGAUUUAUCUCCUCCCUGUCCCCUAUCUAAAAUACCCAUGCUGCUUUUCUGAGUGUUGAUGGGGGUUACCAGCGUGAUCCAUUGUUGCUCUUAGAAGGCCCAGAAAGUCUUUGGGCAUUGCCAAGGAAUCCCGGAUUAUGUGGAUCCUUCUUCACGGUGGAUCCUUUCUCUUCACGGCUGUACCAGAAAAUCCCUAAGACAGAUGUUGCUGUGGACCAGCAAUACCUGCAAGUGCUGCCAACAGGAACUCAAUUUAUUCCUGGGAACCUAACGAGGAGAGCCCAGGCCUAGGCUGGAGGCCUGGAACCCUCUUGGCUAAGGUGCUGUUCCUGUUCCCGCAAGGUCUCCAGAACCCCUUUGGAAAUGGUGAAGGAACCAGCCCAACAGAAGUACAGAGCCAGCUGCCAGCUGCCAAGUCCGUGUAAAGUUCACUCCUCAGUCGUGGGCGCAACCAUGUUUUGUCUUCUCUCUUGGUAUUUCUUCUCUCCCAACUUUAAGUAGCCAUUUUGCCUUGGAAUUAUGAUUACAAUUUUUUCCUUUGCAGAUGCCUUCCUGGGGGAUACUCCUCCCCACCCUAAAGGGUCGCCUGCAACUUAGGCGGAUUGGGUCUCUCUGCUGUGGCGUUCUCUCGAGAGAUCCUCUGAAUUUUAGCACAAAGUGCCUUCUGUUUCACAGCUGCCACCACCUUUAGAGGAAUUUCGUCAGAAAAAUGUGGAGGCUCCAUAUUAAUGCAUUAUUUUUAAAAAAGUUUUGAUAACUCUUAAAGCAUCAUUUGCACCUAUGUGGGAACUUUGCCUGUUGCAGAGUAUUGUGGCUGAGCUGCAGCUGGGAGCCUGCUUUCUGCCAGUCUUGAGGUUGUGAAGAUCAGCUUUGAAAGGAAAGUAUGUCCUAGCUUAGCUGUUCAGAAGACAAAAAUGGAAUAUCAGAGUUACAGUUGUCAGUGAAACUGCUUUGGGUUUUAACCUCUUAGAGGAAGAAAAAAGGUUAGGGAAGUCUCAACUCUGGAUGAAUGUGAUUUGUUUGCCUCUCAGUCUUUCAUUCAUAGCCUGCUAGUGAAAAGGAAGUAAAUGAGAUUCUUUUGUGUGACUUUGUAGUCUCUUUGUAUUACCAAAUAGUUGGGGUGUUGACUCCUGUGUGUUUUGCAAGAAUGUGUGGUAAGCCUGGGUAAAGAGAAGGAACUGCAGUGUCGGGAGAGUCUGUGUUGGGGAGUGGCAGGGGAUGAUUUGUUUCAGGGGAAAAUGCCCACAUUUUAACUUUUAAACUUCUGAAUAAACUGUGUAAAAACA